AUGCUUUUGGCAAGAUUCUAUCUCACCUCUGUCCAAAAUUGCAGCUAUUCAUAUAGGAAUCUUGAUAAAUUAUCCUUAAAAGUAUAUUAUCUACAAGAACUUUCAAGAAUUCUUCAAUCUAGAAAUAAUGAUACUUUAUCGCAUAACGAAAGUCUAAAGAACAAACUUGUAUACAAUGUUGAUCAACACACAUUUAACAAAUAUGAUAUUACCCAACUUACACAAGAUGUAAACAAGUCUAUAAAUAACCUUAGUCCCUCCCAGCUCCUUUCAACAGCUAUUUCAUACACAAAAUUGCAUGGAGUUGGAAAGAAGGAGUGGAAACGAUUAUGUUAUUCUUCAUUGAAGCAGAUUUAUUCCAACUGUUACAAUACCAAUGCGAUAUCUUUUAGCCAAGUUGCAAUGAUUCUCUAUUCAUACGCAUCCAAGUUCACCAACGAAAUGCCAGUUACGAACAAACUGCUCAAGGCAUGCGUUAAAUCGACAGGGAGCCUGAACGAGCGUGAUAUAUCAAUGAUUCUUUACUAUAUCAGAAGAACAAAGUGUGUUCCAAAAACAUUAAACACUCCACAAGACUUCAAAAACGCACAAAUCCUUAGGUCCAUUGCUUUGUGCCUGUCAAAAGAAGGAGGGAAUAAGUUAGUAAAAAUGACACCUAUGGGCCUAGUUUCAAUAGUUUACAACUUUACCGAAAUAGGCAUGAUUCCAUGGUCACUUAUAUACCAUUCAUGUAACUUAAUUAAAAAAAAAUCACGCUAUCUUGACUCCAAAUCAAUAGGAUUUCACUCAAGAUCACUCUCAAAAUUAAAUAUUAGAGAUAAAAAAACACUAAAUUUAUUUGUUGAAUCAUUGCCAAAAAGGACCAAAAUACCAAUCCCAACCAUUAGUUCACUAUUAUAUUCACUUGCUAAACUAAAGUAUAGACCAAAGGCCUGUUUGUCUCCACUUUUGGACUACACCCAAAAGUCAAUUUUUCUAUUUGAUGAUAGGGAUUUGGCACUCUUGGUGUAUUCAUUGGGUCAACUUGGAGUAAAAAAUGAUGUUCUUUUCGAUUCAAUUUCAGACUUUAUUAAGAAGAGGAUUGAUUACCAGUCCCCUCAACAUUUAUCUAUGUUUAUAAGGGGAUAUUCAAGAUUAGGGAUUUACGACGAACCAUUAAUUGAGAUAAUAUUGGCCAAAGCCAUUGAGUUGAUGACUGGAUUUGGCAUAACUCAGCUAGUAUCUGUACUGGACAGUUUAGUGGUUCUGGGCUACUUUGACCAUUCAGUUUUUUCAAGAUUACUCGAGUAUUUUUGCACAUUCCAUUCGGAAGAUUUGCCUGAAUAUUCCAUAAACCAACUUAACAGGAUAAUGUAUAGCAUUAGACUUGAAAAUCCUGAGUUCAUAUUAAAUUCGCCUAGUUACAUAGCAUCAUUGUUUGACCAAUAUCAAGGAGUAUUCAUGAUUAGAGACCUCAAGGAUUCGUCAGACUCUUUAUUCAGAUGUUUGAAACAACUAAAUGUUGAGUACGAGAUCGGACGAAAGGUUGGACCUUACGUGCCGGAUACCGUUAUUGACGGGAAUAUGUGUAUUGAUAUUUUAUCAAAGGGAUCAGUGUGUCCACUAACGGGUUCAUUUUUGGGUUCAGUCAAUAUGACUGAACGGCACAUGAAUAUUCUGGGAUACAAGUAUAUAAAGAUACGCAAGGAAGAAUGGUAA